AUAGCCCUAGACGUCGACGGUGGUAGCUCAGUCACUGCGUUCCCAGAGCGCGUGAAUAUGCGGAGCGCCGGCUACGAGGUGGUACAGCAGGCGCUGGUGGAGGUGGCGGCUGCCGCGGUGUGGCAGGCGGCGAAUCUAGCGAGGCGGCGCGGGCACGCGCAGGUGACCCCGCUCCACGUCGCCAGCGCAAUGCUCUCCACCGGCGGCCUCCUCCGCGCCGCCUGCCUCCGGUCCUCGUCCCACUUGAAGUCUCCCGCGCUUCAGCCCGAGGCACUCCAGUUCUGCAUCGACGUCGCGCUCAGCCGCCUCCCGAUGGUCUGGCCACCGGCCGCCGCCAUGUUCAGCAACCACGGCGCGCCGGUGAUGGUGCUAUCGAACGCACUCGUGGCGGCGCUGAAGCGCGCGCAGGCACACGAGCGCCGGGGCUCCGCGGAAGGCGGCCAGCGGCAGCCGGGCGGGCUCGUCGUCAAGGUCGGGCUGGAGCAGCUCGUCGUGUCCAUCCUGGACGACCCGAGCGUUGACCGCGCCUUGCGCGAGGCCGGCUUCUCAGGCCCUCAGGUCAAGGCCAAUGUCGGGAAAGGAGCCUCGUCGGAGCAGUCUGAUAGCGUGCAUAGCCACCGUAGCGAUGACAUAGCUUCUCCAUGGCCGAUUAGUAAGAAGGCUAAUGCUGGACAGACAUCUUCCGAAACCGUUGGGGAUGUGCUCCACCGGCCAGUCGUCAUCCCAGACAGAAGCCUCGCGUUAACCCUCAGCUGCCACAGUGGGGAUCAAGCUUGCCAAACCAAACCAAGCGAAGCGUGGCCGGCCUUUUUUGGCCUCACCAAUGUAACCACAAUGACGGCGAGCGUUUCCUCCUGGCUCCACCACCGGCAAGAUGUAAUCCCUACAUGCCAUAACACCUCUCUUCAGCCUACGUGCAUGCAGCAAAAGUUCAUCGAACUCACCUCAGAGAAUCUUAAGAUCUUGUGUGAUGCCCUGGAGCGGUGCGUCCCGUGGCGAAAGGACAUCGCCCCUACAAUAGCGGCCAUCGUGCUGCGGUGCCGAUCCGGCAUGAUGAGGAGGCCGGCCUCCUCAAUGGCGUGCCUGCUCUUCCGAGGAAACGAUGUCAACGGCAAGAGGGCAAUGGCCCAGGAGCUCGCGAAGCUUGUAUUUGGCUCCUAUAGCGAGUUCACCUUGAUUAACUCCGCCGACACCUCUAGCAACGCCGGUGACCGCGCCCUCAAGAGGAGGAGGUCACCAGAUGUCGGCAAUGGCAAUGUCGGGAUAAGGUUGUUCGAGGCACUCAUAGAAGAACCUCACCGUGUUGUGUUUAUCGAUAAUAUCGAUCAAAUCGAUCACGAGUCAGAAAUCGCAAUCAAGAAUGUGAUCGCGACGGGGAGGGUCAUGGGCUGCAACGGCGCCGGCAUAGCCAGUCUGGAGGAUGCCAUUGUAGUGUUGAGCUCUGAAGUGUCUGAGCCAAGGUCAUUCACUUCUUCAUCCCCUCCGACCAAGCGACGAAGAAUUGGUGGAUUGGACCAUGGGGAAGGUGGUGCGGAGAGGCAAGUAGAAUCACGUCAUUUUGUCUUUGAUUUGAACGCUCCUAUGGAGGAUGCGGAAGAGCAGGAGGAAGGGAACUCGGUUGACAGUAUGGAGAUCAUGGGUGUUGUGGAUGGUGUUUUUCAUUUCGAUUAG